AUGGAUAUUGUUCAUCGCUUGCACUACCUAGUGCUUUCGCAAAAGUCUGACUUGAUGACUAUGGAAAGGGAGCAACGAAUGCGCGUGAGACGUCAGUCCAGCCUACCGGAAUACAGCAAAGCUAACAAAACAAGACAGACGCUUGAACAGGUUUACUUUAACGAUAGGGAGCUGUUCGCCGCAAAGGCCGACAGUGGCGCCACGGCGGUGGACAGGAAGAUGUCUUCUUCAUCAGCUGGCAGCAUGAAGAACAAAUGGCUCAAAGCCUUCCGUAGUCUGAAACCGCCCAGCGCCCCGCCGCCUCACGCCGCUCCUCCUGACAAGAGGAACGGUGCAGCCAGAGAAGCAAUUCGUGGAGACUCCGAGGCCCAUAACUUUCAGGAAUAUACUUAUAAGAAGAUAACGCCGUGUGACGUUUGUUCUCAAGUCCUUCGAGGUCAUACUCGUCAAGGCCUCAGGUGUCGCUUAUGCAAAAUGAACGUACACACAGACUGCAUGCCGCAAGUCGGCAAAUGCCAGACCAAAUCGCGUCUCUUGCGCAGGCAGAAGAGCACCUCCGAGAUUGAGUCCCAUAGAGUUCAAGAAACCGCCUUCGACGAUGAAAGGGUGGAAGACGGCUGGCUGCCGGGACAAAGACUCACCAAGAUAUCCUUCAAGGGAUCAGUCGAGUUCGAUGAUGAUUUCGAUAGCUUCUAUGACGAGGAGGAGGAAGUGGAUCAGACCUACCAAGUCCUGAAGCGGGCCAACGAAAUAGCGAAGCCGGGCGGCGGGGAAUCGCGCGGGGGCCCCGUAGUGCGCGUAUCAGCGCCGGACGAGACUCCACCCGCUCGCUCGCCAGCGCGUCCGUCCGGCGGACUCGCCGUCGUGCCUCAGCCCGUGUCCUCUAGCUCAGGUGUGGCGCCGCACCCGAGCUCGCUUGUGCCGCUCGAGCCGCGCCGUAGGCCGCCGGUCGCCGUCUGCCACGCUCCACGCGCUUGUCUCACCGAUCUGAUACGAUGCAAUCUCUCUUUUGAUGCUAUAAGCGACAGGUCUUCAGUAGAACUUAGGACUCGAUCAAUAUUUUAUUAA